GCCAAGGAAAUAUGCUCUGCCUGCUUGACACCAGUCUAUCCAAUGGAAAAAAUGGUGGCCAAUAAACUUAUCCUGCACAACAACUGUUUUUGCUGUAAACACUGCAAGAACAAACUCAGCCUUCAUAACUACUCAUCUCUUUAUGGGGAGUUCUACUGCAUUUCUCAUUACCAACAGCUCUUUAAAAGAAAAGGAAAUUACGACGAGGGAUUUGGACACGAACAGCAUAAACAAAGAUGGCUUACGAAAAAUAAAGAAAUAGAUGAGCCAGACACCAAACUGACUCUGAAAACAACCAAACGGAACUCAGACCGUCACAACAGCUUCAGAGAGUUUUCUGCAAAGUCCACUUUCAGACAACCGGGCUCUCAGAGUACUGCUAUUAGAGGCCGCCUGAAAAUCAUCUGGCCACCAGAGAAGAAAGACACAGGGAUUAAUCCAGCUCAGUGGAUGAGGGCACCAGCAAGGAAAAACAAGAAUCCUGUCUUUGGGAAUUCAGCUUCACAUAGUGAGCAUGAGAAAAAUGACAAAAUCCAGUUACAGAUUAGUGACAACAAGGAAACAAAACAAAAAGUGAACAGAUUGUCAACCAACUUUAUGUCAAGGGUCACUGGCCAAUCUAAGACAGCAUUUUAUAACUCAGCUCAUGAUGUUUCCUUCAAAGAAAUAAAACAUGGAAGGGAUUCAAGUAAAGACGGACACAUUCAUGAGAGCACAUCUACAUCUGAGCUGAACUGUUCCUCAACCAGUAUAUCAAAGGCUGAUAUUGUCUCAAACCAAAAAGCAUCAAAAGUAAAAAGCUCCAUUCAAACAUCUAACGGGCAGGAUGCAUGUUUUAAUAAAGGAAGGAAGUUUGUACACUUUGCUCCUGAUCCUAAUAUUGCUCAAAAAGGCCGACUGAUUUUGGAAGGUCAAUCAGAAGAUCACAAUAGCUUAGAUCAAACUGACCAUCUGCAAGUGAAUAAAUCCACAAGAAUGGCAGAUGUAGCUGGAAAAAAUGACAUGGACAAUUUACCAUCUGAGUGUGAGAAAACUGAGUUUGAAUGUGAAGGAAUCUCUAAAACUUCUGAACUUAACAGUUCAAAAGACAUGAUCAAUACAGUCACAGAGAAUGAUGGGAAAGAGGAGAGCAGGAAAGAGAUAAAGCAGUUGUGUGACAAAGUAGAAUGGGCUACUGAGUCACCCGACAUACAGAAUGUCAACAAAACUGAAAGGUUAAAUGAAACUGACCUGUUAAAUAAAAAUACAGUGACAGACCAAGAACCAUCCAAGAAGCUUGAUGUCAUAAACUCUGUCAUUCCAGUUUGUUCUGAAAGUCCAAGCACUCUGCACAUUCCUGCAGAGCAUAACACCAAAGAGAACCACAAGCUUGAUCAUCAUGGAGCUGAUUUGCAAGAGUGGGAUUCAGCAAAUCAGCAAGAAAUCACUGGCAGUCCGAAAAAAUCUUCAUCGAAAACAAACAGUGCAAAGCCUUUGGUGACACAAACAGAAAAGUCUAAGGGAAAAUGUGGAUCAUGGUCUAAGGGAAAGAGUCCUCUUUCAAAACUCUUCACAUCAAAUGGAAAUCACAACUCAGGCAAGCUUGAUUCCAAAGAUGCAAAGAAACAGAAUAGCAAGCCUACUGGACUCUUAGGAAGACUCUUUCGGAUAUCGUCCGAGAAGACUGAAGAUGCAGAUGAAGCAAAUGUCAUCAUUGCACGUGCCGAUGAUAAAACUAAAGAAGAUGUAGAUGCGACAAACGAAAUGCUGAAGGAAAGUCACACCACUGAACUCAAGCAGGUGGAAGAGGAUGAACAAGAACUUGAAAGUCACAUGACUCAGGACAAACCUGCUAACUGCAGCAAACAGGUGGAAAUUGAAUCAGCGGAACCAUUCAACAUCCACAAAACAGGUGAUGACAUAUUUUCCGUGCACACCAAAUCAUCAGCACCAGCACUAAUGUAUAUGAAUCCAACUGAUCUUUCCCAUUCAGAUCUACACAACACAGAGGCUCCAGAUUUGUUUUCUAAUGAUGUUGAGGCUGACUCUGCAGCCUGGCCUACUGCUGGGCAAACAGUGGUCCGGGCAUCCGAUAGGCCAAUUAAUCAGUCAGUACUCAAGAACAGUGAUGAUGAUAUCUUAAAUUACCCAUUUAUUUCUAAUUCUGGAGACAGUGUUGGUUAUGAACAUGCUGACCUUUUUGUCAGUGAGGUAAAUAUGGCUGAUUGUGUUCAGGAGCCAAACAAAUUGAUGGCUGCACCAGAUGGUAGGAGAAGAAUGCUUUGUGAAGGAACUCUUUUCAGCAUGGACCAUGAAGUCCCCAAACAGGCUUCAGAUGUUCUGGCUCCAUCCGACUCUUUGGUGAAGCCCGUUGGUGAUAUUUUUUCAGCAGCAGACCCUUCAACUGAUGGUUUUUGUCUGUUUAACUCUCAGCUUCAACCAGUGGAAAAUCCCCAGGUGCUAAUCACGUCAGCGCAGUCGCCCAUUGCAGGUCCAGUAAGUGCAAACAGCCAGACAAGAUGGCAGGGCGCUGAAUUUGACAUAUUCAGCUCAGAAGAAGGUCUUUUCACUGAUCCACCUGUUCUUCACCGAGGAACUAAUGCUUCCGCAGAUCAAAUGCCACUUCCUUUAGUUGAUGUCUUUGGAAUGAUUGAAAUCCCGAGCAGUACAGAUGCUCUGACAGCAUUGCCAGUGCAUUGUAAUGCAAUGAAUGAAUUCACUGGACCUGAUGCAUCUUUUAUUGCUGCUCCUUCAGCUCAGAUUGAUCUUAUUGCUGCUGGUAGUGUCUUAACAUCAGAACAAGAGAUGCUACCGGAUGCAUCCAUCAACAGUCUACUGAAAACAAAUAAUGAACAGCCAGCAGAAAAUAACAUCAACAGGAACUGGAUGGAUGAUUUGUUCGGAUAGAAGCAUUUCUAUUUUCAUUUAAUGGACAAUAUUAUAA